UAGGCUAGUGGUUGGGGAAUAUUUUUUCGUGGAAGGGACCGUCUUCCUUAGCUGUGGCCCUCUCAUCAGGUCUGGGAAGAGGUAAUUGGAAAAUAGAACUCAUGGAGAAGUGUUACCACAGGCCAUGGACAAGGCCAGAAUUUCCCUGACAUCUGUCCGCCAGCACCGCCCUCCAGGUACAAUUCCACAAGAGACCCCCCAAACUUCAUGAAGUCACCCGCUUACAAGGGCUCACUCUCCACCUGCGCAAGGACUGCAAUUCCCAGGGGCCUCCAGGGCACCCGGCCGCUCCAGUCCAGUCGUGCAGGCGGCGCGCUCUUCCUCGCUCCGCUCAAGUCCAGGAACCGGUUCCCGGGCUCCCAGCCUCUCGGCAGCGACCACGCGCCUGGGCCAAAGUCCGCGAACGGAAGCCGGCGGCGAGGAGGAUUCUGGGAGUUGGAGGCCGAGGCUGCGACCUGCGCAGGCGCAAACCUGCAGCUGGGGGUGUGGGCUGUAAGUGGCGCGAUUCGCGGCAGCGCCCCGAUGGAACCUCCUGGUCCUGUGAGGGGGCCCUUGCAAGAUUCCAGCUGGUAUGAGCCUUCUGCAGAGCUAGUGCAGACUAGGAUGGCUGUAUCACUAACAGCAGCUGAAACUCUGGCCCUUCAGGGUACACAGGGACAAGAGAAGAUGAUGAUGAUGGGACCAAAGGAAGAGGAACAGUCUUGUGAGUAUGAGACCAGGCUACCUGGGAACCACUCUACCAGUCAAGAGAUCUUCCGCCAACGCUUCAGGCAUCUCCGCUACCAGGAGACUCCUGGUCCCUGGGAGGCCUUGAGCCAACUACGAGUACUCUGCUGUGAGUGGCUGAGGCCAGAGAAGCACACGAAGGAGCAGAUCCUGGAGUUCCUGGUGCUGGAACAAUUCUUGACCAUCCUGCCUGAGGAGCUCCAAUCCUGGGUGCGGGGACAUCACCCUAAGAGUGGAGAGGAGGCUGUGACUGUGCUGGAGGAUUUAGAGAAAGGACUUGAACCAGAGCCGCAGGUCCCAGGCCCUGCACAUGGACCUGCACAGGAAGAGCCAUGGGAGAAGAAGGAAUCUCUGGGAGCAGCCCAGGAAGCACUGAGCAUCCAGCUCCAGCCUAAGGAGACCCAGCCUUUCCCAAAGAGUGAACAGGUAUAUUUACAUUUUCUGUCAGUUGUUACAGAAGAUGGCCCAGAGCCCAAGGACAAAGGAUCAUUGCCACAACCACCCAUUACUGAAGUGGAAUCACAGGUGUUCUCAGAAAAACUUGCUACUGACACCUCUACAUUUGAAGUUACCUCUGAGGGUACCUUAGAACUGCAGCAGAGAAAUCCCAAAGCGGAGAGACUGAGGUGGUCCCCUGCCCAGGAGAAAAGUUUCAGGCAGAUGGUUGUCAUCCAUAAGGAAAUUCCCACAGGGAAGAAAGACCAUGAAUGUAGUGAAUGUGGUAAAACCUUCAUUUAUAACUCACAUCUUGUUGUCCACCAGAGAGUUCAUUCUGGAGAGAAACCCUAUAAGUGUAGUGACUGUGGGAAAACUUUCAAACAGAGCUCAAACCUCGGUCAGCAUCAGAGAAUUCAUACAGGAGAGAAACCCUUCGAAUGUAAUGAAUGUGGGAAGGCCUUCAGAUGGGGUGCUCAUCUUGUUCAGCAUCAGAGGAUUCACUCAGGAGAGAAGCCCUAUGAGUGUAAUGAGUGUGGGAAGGCCUUUAGUCAAAGCUCAUACCUAAGUCAGCAUCGGAGAAUUCACAGUGGAGAGAAACCUUUUAUAUGUAAAGAAUGUGGGAAAGCUUAUGGAUGGUGCUCAGAGCUUAUUAGACAUCGGAGAGUUCAUGCCAGAAAAGAGCCUUCCCAUUGAAUUGAAGGGGAGAACGUCUCCAGACACAAUUCUACAUCGGUCUAAUCUACUUUAGGACUGGAUCCCAUAAAAGUUAUAAGUUCCUUAA